ACCUAUGGAUGUACUGGACUGUUUCAGUUGCUUCGGGCUUCGGGAGUGAAUGGGUGCAGCGCAGUGGUCCACCUCCUCACUAUUGACCAGGUCGCACGCGUUUCUCUUGUCCUUUAAUAUGUUAACCAGGCGAAUGUGAGCAGGACGAGACGGCUUUGCAUUUGGAUAGGACGGUUUCUGACAGAAGACCCAAACUGAGGCCAUUGCUGUGGAUCUCUCUCGGGACGUUUUUUCAAAUUUAAAGAGCGACAUUCACGACUUGAUACUCGGGAAAGGCUCUGCUCAGCCUGAUGUGAAGGGUCACUGAGCUCAGACACUCGCCGUCCAUUGACUCUCAAUUAUAUGCACAUAGUGGAAAGACACAGUCAUAUCCACAUAACAACACAUACAUUUACACGUACACACACACACACAAAGACUCAUCUGCACAUAAUCGCACACAGGCUCUCAGAGCAAGAUGAGGGAACCCUGGAGGUGUCUGUUGAGCCUGUGCCUCCUGGCUUGCUCGAUCUCCACCUACAGUGCCACCAAUCCCUUUGCAAGGCAGCAGAUCCCUCUAGACCCUUGCUAUGAUGACACAGGUGCAGCACGCCACUGUAUCCCUGACUUUAUCAAUGCUGCCUUUGGCAAAGAGGUAACAGUGUCCAGCGUCUGUGGUCGGCCUCCAUCCCGUUCCUGUAGUGUGGUGGAGCGGGGUGAUGAUCGGCCUUCUGUACGCACAUGCCAAAUAUGUGAUGCAGCUGAUCUUCGCCGUGCCCACCCUGCUUCCUACCUCACUGACCACAACUCAGCCCACAAUCUCACCUGCUGGCAGUCGGAGAAUCUGAACACCUCACCAUACAAUGUGACUCUUACCCUUUCACUGGGUAAAAGGUUUGAGAUCACCUAUAUCAGCCUGCAGUUCUGUUCACCACGACCUGAGUCCCUGGCCAUAUACAAGAGCAUGGACUAUGGCAAAACCUGGAUGCCCUACCAGUUCUACUCCUCACAGUGCCGACGUAUGUACAAUCGGCCCAACAAAGCAACUAUUACCAAGCAGAAUGAGCAGGAGGCUCUAUGCACAGAUGGCUACACUGACCUGCUUGCUUUCAGCACCCUCGAUGGGCGGCCUUCUGGCAAAGACUUCGACAAUAGUCCGGUCCUUCAGGACUGGGUGACUGUCACAGAUAUCCGUGUGGUCUUCAGCCGACCCCAGGUACCUCGUGAGCUGGGCCUGGGAGCUGGAAGCAACAGCGGAGGGAGAGACGAUGACCCCAUGGCAGUGACAUCAACGCUGCCAACUUAUUUCUAUGCAGUAGGAGACUUCCAGGUGGGUGGGAGGUGCAAAUGCAAUGGACAUGCCUCACGCUGUCUGAAAGAUAAGGAAGGCAAACUAGUGUGUGACUGCAAACACAACACAGAAGGACCUGAAUGUGACCGCUGCAAGCCAUUUCACUAUGACCGACCGUGGCAGAGAGCCAACGCCCGCGAGGCCAAUGAGUGUCUGCCGUGUAACUGCAACCUCCAUGCCCGCCGUUGUCGAUUCAACAUGGAGUUGUACAAGCUGUCAGGGAGGAAAAGCGGAGGGGUCUGCAUGAACUGUCGCCACAACACCGCAGGACGCCACUGCCACUACUGCAAGGAGGGCUUUUACAGAGACAUGGCCCAACCGAUCACUCACCGACGAGCCUGCAAAGCAUGUGACUGCCACCCUGUGGGCGCAGCAGGCAAAACUUGCAACCAGACCACAGGCCAGUGCCCCUGCAAGGAUGGUGUCACUGGCAUCACUUGCAACCGCUGUGCCAAGGGCUACCAGCAGAGCCGCUCACCUGUGGCCCCCUGCAUCAAAAUCCCAGUGGUCAACCCCACAGCUGUGGUGAGCAGCACAGAGGAACCAGCAGAUUGUGAGUCGUAUUGUAAACCAGUGAAGGGCAACCUGAAGAUCAACAUGAAGAAAUACUGCAAAAAGGAUUAUGCGGUUCAAGUGAAUGUGCUGGACAUGGAGACAGUGGGGGACUGGGCCAAAUUCUCAGUCAAUGUGGUGUCUGUAUACAAGAGCCGCGACGAGCCUUUGAAGCGAGGCGACAACAUCCUGUGGGUACACAUGAAGGACCUCGCCUGCAAAUGUCCCAAGAUCCAGAUGAGCAAACGCUUCUUGGUGAUGGGCGGCAGUGAGGGUGGAACGGGUCCAGGGACUGGUCCAGGGGUUGGUCCUGGAGGUGGAGCCGCCAGUACAGGGGCGGAGCGUGUGGGCCUGAUGGCUGACAAGAACAGCCUGGUGAUUCAGUGGAGAGACAUUUGGACAAGACGUCUGAGGAAGUUCCAACGCAAAGAGAAGAAGGGGAAAUGCAGCAAAGCGUGAUGGGAAAGCAGUGUGAAUCCCUGCCUCCCCCUCCACUACCCACCUGCAUAAACCCUAACCUUUGACUUGUCCUUUCUCCUCCCCCAUCAUGGGAGCACUGCACAUUACAAAGACUGCAUAUACCCUACCUGUUUUAAGGACCACAGUCUGUGUAUAUUGUAUAAUUAUUUUUAUUUUUCAAGUUUUGCCUUUGUUAUGUCACUUAUCUUUUUGUCCAAUUGGUUUGCCUUAAAAAGGGACCAUUAAAAAGGGUAUGAAGUGUAGACAAAAGUAGACCCCGUUCCUUCAACAACAAAAGUGGAAAUGUUCACUCAUUCCCCAACUAUGACCUCCUGUCACCCAGCCUCCUACUCCUGACAUGACUGACUAUCUCCUACCAUGUUUCACUUCUCACAUACAAGACUACCAGUGCUCAUACUUCACAUACAGCUCUAAGGAUUUUAUUCAGGAGUGUUUGUCAUUUCAGAGACAUGCUGCAUACCCUGCGUUUCUGUGUUGAAACAAACUCGGAUCAGCACCAGCUGGACCAUCUGACAACCUUUCAACAUUUGCUGUUAAAACAUUAAUAAAAUGGGCCUACUUGCUCCAGGUCUUUGCAAUAACGGCUAUGGACUUAAACUAAAGGAACUCUUGUACUGUGAGGAACCAUGGGCUCCUUUUGUGGGAACAUUCCCCACAGCAAACCUCAGUUUCACCACCAACGCUGCUGCCACCAAACAGCCCUCACAUAAAAAACUGCUAAUGUAGGCUCUUAUAUCAGCAAGUAUUUGAUGCUACUGCUCAUAAUAGAGUUUAAGUUGUUUGUGUGGCUACUUGUAAUCUCAACCAUCCAUAUCCCAGCCAUAUUUUUAUUUGAGAUAUAUCCCUUUGUUUCAUUUUAAAUUGAAAACUUCCUGUUUGUAUGUGUGAGUCACAUUCCUCUGAGACUGUGCCACUUCACCACUAGUUCUUCUCAUGUGGUUUAUGAAGACAUGCAUCACCAUCAUGACUCACUGCCUGUCACUUUUUCUGGAAGAAAGAUUAAGCAGUGUGUAUAAAUGGCUGGAAUUUUAGAAAAAUACCAGUAUAAAUACCAGAAGACGUUUUGCUUUAUGGUAGUGAUCUUCCAGAUGUUGCUGUGUGGCCACUAUCUUUUU